GGGAGCCAAAGCCACCAUGCUAUCAUCGACAAUCUGGCUGUCCAUCCGGUCCGCUCAAAAGACCUGAGCCAUCGUGCUCCGAUCUUGACUGCUUUGCCCCUUCUCUAUGGCCAAAUUGCAGGCUGCCACCGUUUCGCAAAUACCGGUCAAUCGCAAACGGAAACGCCCCGCCAAAGAUCAGGGACCACAGGAAACUGAUCCUAGCCUCGUUCCCCCCAUCGCGGCCACCACGAAAGUCCCCACGAAGACUCAUGAUGGAGGUUCCAAACCCAGAAGGUCGAAAGGCGUAUCGACACCCGCACUCAGCCGAACAAGUUCGUCCUCAAGCCUGGUGGAAUCAGAGGUACCAUGGCCGGAUCACUUCAAGUAUCUAUGCCAGCUGCACCGCGCCUUGAAUAUCGUAUACACAUUUUGCUGCACCCGGAAGCAUUUUGCGACCACGUGGGACAACAUCAAGAGUGCGGUGGAAGGCCACAUCAAGAAGCCGUUGAUUGAGGAUGAUGUGGCGCAGGUCAAGGCCUUGUUGCCCCGAGCCAUCAAUUUCGCAUAUGUCGACGAGGAACACCUGAUGGUCACACUCAUGGGCGAGGAAGAUGGCGUCAGAGGUGGCAGAGCCGAUCAUUUUCGGUCUCUGGAAGAGGAUGAGAGCGCUCCACGAGACAGGUCGGAGUUGUCCAAAGAACUUCUCCUGUUCGAGUUUGUGGAUGGCGACUUGAAAAGACAGGUUGUCGAUCCCAAGACGGGCCAACCCACAAAAGCGACCCAGAAGUUACGCAACGAAGAUCUCAAAAUACCCGUCUUCAGUCAGAAAUCGAUGCUCAAACUCAUCGAAAAGCGAAACGCCAAAUUCACAUCGGCCGUCAAUGCGUUCCUCAAUCAAUGUGCGGAGGAGCAAACAGACCCCGUUGAAAAGAUACUCCAACUAAAAAUGCAAUAUAUGCCCUACCCCUCAACUAGUCGUCCUACGACACCCGGCCCAGAUGCUCGCCUGCAGAAGGCGAUCCCCAAGGAGCGGAAGUCAAUAUCGGACAUUGUGAAGGAGAUUAGCGAGCUCGAAUGGUAUACCGGUCAGAUUGUCCCAGAUGGACACCGUGUGUUCGAUCCCCAGCCAGCCAUCUAUGGUGACCUGAAUUUUCAAUUGUCCCAAAACCUGGUGAAUGCGCUGUACAACAGCAGAGGUAUAACUCAGCUGUACUCGCAUCAAGCGGAAGCCAUCAAUAAUCUGCAUGACGGCCACCAUGUAAUCGUGUCUACGUCGACCAGCUCGGGAAAAUCGCUGAUCUAUCAGAUACCAAUGCUACACGAACUCGAGAAAGAUCCAGAAAGUCGUGGGCUGUACAUUUUCCCCACCAAGGCACUUGCUCAAGAUCAGCGCAGGAGCAUGAAGGAGCUCUUGAAGUACAUUCCAGGAUUGGAGGAGACUGUGGUCGAGACCUUUGACGGCGACACACCCAUGCGGGCACGCAACCAGAUUCGGGAUGAAGGCCGCAUUAUCUUCACGAACCCAGACAUGUUACACAUUACUAUUCUUCCCCAGGAGAGCGGUUGGCGACAAUUUCUACAAAACCUGAAAUUCGUGGUCGUGGACGAGCUGCAUGUGUAUAACGGUUUGUUUGGUGCCCAUGUGGCCUUCAUUAUGCGCCGGUUGCGGCGAAUAUGUGCUGCGGUGGGAAACCGCAAGGUGAAGUUCAUUUCGUGCUCUGCAACAGUGGCCAAUCCAGAAGAGCAUAUGAAGACCAUAUUUGGCGUGGAAAAAGUCAAGUUGACGGAUUUUGAUGGUUCUCCAUCCGGCAGGAAGGAGUUUAUCUGUUGGAAUACACCGUACAAGGAUCCCGGCGAUCCCUCGUCAGGCCGUGGUGAUGCAUUCGCAGAGACGGCGAGGUUAAUCUGCCAUCUCAUUCUACGGGGGGUUCGAACCAUUGCGUUUUGUCGCGUACGGAAGCAAUGUGAGGUCCUGCUGGCGGCAGUCAAGGCCGAAUUCACAAACCUUGAGAGACCAGAAUGUGCUGCUUUGGUCAUGGGCUAUCGUGGAGGGUACUCAGCUCAAGACCGUCGGCGAAUCGAGUCAGAGAUGUUCGGUGGCAAGCUCAUGGGGAUAAUCGCCACCACUGCUCUGGAGCUGGGGGUGGACAUAGGAUCCCUUGAUGCGGUGGUUACGAUGGGUUUCCCAUACACGAUUGCCAACCUGAGACAACAGAGUGGCCGCGCGGGUCGCCGGAACAGAGAUUCGCUUUCUGUUCUUGUUGGUGACUGUUUUGCUGUGGAUCAACACUACAUGCAGAAUCCCGACGAGAUCUUCACCAAGCCUAAUUGUGAACUCCAGGUCGACCUGCAGAAUGAACUUGUCGUGGAAGGGCAUAUCCAGUGCGCUGCUUUCGAAAUGCCCAUCAAGGCAGACGAGGAUGAGAAGUUCCUGGGCAAGAUGUUGCCCGAGAUAUGCGCGGAACGACUGUCCUAUGACCCUAUGGGGUUCUACCACUGCAACGAAAGAUUCCGACCGCUGCCCUCCAGAUGUGUGCCCAUUAGAGAUACCGAAGACAAUCACUUUGCCGUGGUCGAUAUCACGCACGGCCGGAACGUGGUGCUUGAAGAAGUCGAGGCCUCGCGAGCCUUCUUCACUUUGUACGAUGGGGGAAUAUUCUUGCACCAAGGUCGGACAUACAUCGUGAAAGAGUUCUCACCUGAACGCAAAAUCGCGCGAGUUCAACUCGUCAAGGUGGAGUGGACCACGCAGCAAAGAGAUUACACAGACGUGGAUCCAAUUGAAACUGAGCAGGUCCGUCGGGUUUCAGCGAACUCCCUGACCAAAGCAUAUUUCGGUCGCAUCAAAGUGCACGCCGUGGUGUUCGGGUUUUUCAAAGUCGACCAGAAGGGGCGUAUUCUUGACGCGGUGGCUGUGGAUAACCCGCCGAUCAUCAUCCACUCCAAGGGCCUGUGGUUGGAUGUCCCCAAGUACGCGCUGCAAAUCCUCAAGGAUAAACGAUUGAAUCUUGCGGCGGGUAUUCACGCGGCAGAGCACGCAUUGAUGUCCCUCAUGCCGCAAUUUGUGGUCAGCAUGCCUGGCGACGUUCGAACAGAAUGCAAGAACGCGCUGAAGGAAUUCGCAAAGAAGGAGACUCAGCGGAAGAGGCCUGCCAGGCUGACCUUUUACGAUGCAAAGGGCGGGCCCGCCGGCUCCGGAAUAGCGGCAAAGGCAUUUGAAUUCAUCGACAUCCUGCUCGAACGCGCCGUUGCAAGGGUUGCGGCGUGCCACUGCCUCGAGGGCUGUACGGAAUGUAUCUGCGACGAGAGAUGCAAGGAGAAGAACAUGGUCAUGAGCAAAGCCGGUGCAGAAGUGAUUCUGAAGUCUCUCCUGGGCAUGGAAAUCGACAUUGAUGCCCUGCCUGAGGGCGAGGAGGAGCGAGUUCCAGCCGGGGUGGAGACCGUGGUGUUUGCCACUGAGGUGAUGGGUAGGGAUGGGAGGAGGGUGCUUGAGAAGAACUUCAUCAAGAGAGAAAAGAGUGAUGACGACGCUAUUAUCAUCAAGGAUGAGCCCGAGGAUUGACGUUCGUGACUCGAGUCUUGUGUAUGGUAUAUGAAUGAUCAUGACGACGCUUUUAAGGUUACAACGAACCAAUGAAUCAGGGGGUCAAUGGCUC